AUGGUUGUAAUCUUUCCAUCUCUCUCACUGAGCUGUAAGGGACAGAGUGACUCUACUGGAUGGAGAGUGAGAGGAUACACACACAGUGGGAAUGUCUCAGAUUGUUUAUCACCCUGGGGAUCAGUUACAGGAUCUACAUGCACCAUCAGAUACCUCUACACAUCCCACACUGGAGUGUACUGGUGUCAGUCUGAAUCUGGAGGGAGCAGCAAUCCUGUUAACAUCACAGUGCACAAUGGUGGUGUGAUUCUGGAAAGUUCUGUCCAUCCUGUGACUGAGGGAGAUCCUCUGACUCUACACUGUUUCCUUCACCCCACUAUCACAUCACACCUCAGAGCUGAUUUAUAUAAAGAUGGAUCACUCAUCCAGACACAGACUGCAGGAGAAAUCACCAUCCGUACUGUCUCAAAGUCAGAUGAGGGUGUCUACUACUGUAAACACCCAGAGAGAGGAGAGUCACCACACAGCUGGGUCUCAGUCAGAGCUCUGUCCCAUUCAGAAGCUCCAUUCUCCAUCCUCAGUCUGCUCAGUAGUCUACUGGCAGUCUCUCCAUAUCUGCUAGUGUCCAUCGUGCUGGGGGUCAAAUGCUACAGAGCUCACGCUCUGACUAAAAAUGCAGUCUCAGAGGAGUGAGAGUCUAAAGGAAAAUACUGAAGAUGGAAGGACAUUGUUCUGUUUGCUUGAAGUCAUUUCACAUGUGAGAUUGAAUGUUUGAACUCUGGUAACUUACUGCCAGCUGACCACCAGUUUAUAUGAAGCAUCGUGCAGUAGUGUUUUCACUUUUAAGCACAUGUUACUAUUGUGUG